CUCGCCAAUCAAGCGCACAUAUUUAGAUAAACCCACCCAGCACAGCACUCAGCAACAACACUCAUAAAUUCAUAUCAACCCUUUUAUUAUAUACCAUGUCCAGGUUCUUCACAUGCAUCACCUUUGUCAUGGUGAUAGCCUGCCUGGUUUUAGUUGGGUUUGGGCUUUUAACUACCAACUGGUUUGAAGGGCCAGAUGGCUUUCACGUGGGGUUAGCAUCAUUGUGUGAAGAGCACGUGGUCAUUGUAAAAGGACAUACCAUAACUUACUGCACGUCGUUUACACUCAAUAACUUUGCGAAUGAGACAGAAAGGGGUCUUACUGCGGCGCUGGUUAUAUGCUGCUUCAUAUCACUAAUGGCAGGUGCCCUUAUGAGCUAUUCGUGCUGCGACCACACCAACCAACCCAUUCGGGUGCUGAUGAUGCUGCAGACACUGAUCCUGAUAGUCACCUGUGUCAUCUACGGAUUCUACCGGUCGCAACGACUUCCCUUGCACUGUAAGAUCGGGUCGUCCUACUAUGCCGUGCUGAUUGCCAUUCCUGCGACGUUCGUAACGGGGCUGUUCUCGUCGUGUGGUCUGUCGUAUAGUCAUCGUGGCUACGAACGCCUUGCGUAAGCACAGUUGCUCGUGUAAUACAUGACUCCUACUAUUGUGGAUAAACGUAACUAGGGCUACCCUAGAAUGAAUAGAUGAGACGGUCAUAUAGAUACGCCUUCAAGUCGUAUGUCCUGUGCAUCUGAUCUUGUUCAAAGUCUUCGAAGUAAUUGGAGAGCAGGCCUUGGGGUCUCCAGCGACAUGACAGAGGCCUUGCUAUCGCCUACGGCGUCAGAAGCGAAGCCCUGGUCGGAUGUGUAACUUACACCACACAAUGCAAGCCAAGCGUGCUUCUGUGGUUGCUAUGUGCUGCGUGUGUGAGUACGGCGCAUAGCGACGGUGUCGUGUGGAUUUUUUGGAAGGAAAGUCGAGUGGCAUAGUGUAUUGAUUGAGUGUCUUUUGGGCGUGUAUAUGGUGGUAAAAGUACACUCGAGUACCUAUACGAGUAGUGUACAACAGACUUGCGGGACGACUUAAGCGCUAUUAUACUUCAUCUCCAUAAGGCAAUGAUGGUAAUCAUGCGCGAGGUAUAUCGCGGAUUCUCAUGUGUUCGCAUAUCCGGCUACGAUUACGUUCGUUGUAUACUGGUGGUGGUAUCUGAGCUCCUCCCAAAUGAUAGCUAACCACAUACUCGCUUCAUCAGAACGUGUGGAGGCCGCAAACAUAACAUCAUAAGCAUGUGCUUUACGUUUGCAUAAGUGUAUGCUUAAGCAUCAGCUACAUAUACACUGAAACAUGAGGGUUGUCAGCACACUCUUAUUAAUUGUAUCAACACACUCUCAUUAAGUUCAGCUCACUCUCAUUAACCACAUUCGUUGCGUAUUAAGUGGUGAUGUCACAAUCGAACAGAGAUUCAAGUGGUGUGCACUCACUUUUGGAUAGAAACCAAAUUGGAAAUAAGUUCAGUUUUUGGGAAUAAAAUAAGCCAAAACUACGG